AACGUUUCUUGGCCUUGCUUACACCUACAACUUACUUCAACUCUUACGCUAUCAAUUCUCUCUCUCUUUGUAGCUUAUAGAAAGUUUUGAUACAAGAUUUUUUUUUGCUUUAUUUAUGUGUGUGUGUUUUUGAAAUUUGUAAGUUAUUUAUGGAGGUAAGGCAGCAGCAGAAGAUGGAAGGAAUUCUUGAGGGAUUUUCACCUGUUUCUUCAACUCCUGUUUUAUGGAAGUCUAGAAAAAGAUCUGCCGGUGUGAAGAACUUGGAAACACCUCAAAAGCAAGAAGAGUCUCCAGCUGAUGAAACACCUCAAAAGCAAGAAGAGUCUCCAGCUGAUGAAACACCUCAAAAGCAAGAAGAGUCUCCAGCUGAUGAAACACCUCAAAAGCAAGAAGAGUCUCCAGCUGAUGAAACACCUCAAAAGCAAGAAGAGUCUCCAGCUGAUGAAACACCUCAAAAGCAAGAAGAGUCUCCAGCUGAUGAAACACCUCAAAAGCAAGAAGAGUCUCCAGCUGAUGAAAAGAUGCAGGAAUCCCAGCCCUCUACUGAACUCUCAGAGCGUAGAAAGGCACUUUUUGAACCAUUGGAACCGGUUACAAAUGCAAAUGGCCGUAGGCCGUCAGCUGAAACUUUGCUACCCCCACCAGACUUUGAUGCUGCAUGUUACCCCAAAGGUUGGCUGGCUGGAAAGAGACGGAAGCUUGUAAAUGUGGAUGUUGUUGAAAGUAUGCGAAGAAUCGCUCUACAGGAAAUGAACAGAAAGGAUCGUGAAAUCGAUGGUCUGAACGAACAGUUGGAAGCAGAUGCUCAUUGCCUGGAACAUCUGCAAAUACAGCUGCUAGAAGAAAGAAGCAAGCGUGCCGAUGUAGAGAGGCAAAAUGCUAUGUUGCAAAGCCAGAUAAAUGUGCUUAUGGACAUGUAUCAGGAUAACGAUGACAUUGAUGAUGACGGUACAGAUGAUUCUUAAACAGUCAUCUUCUUUAUUCUUUUGUAGAUUUCGUUAGACAAUAAUAGGACAGAUAUAGAAGAAGGUUGUUGUUGUGCUUUCAAGAUGUAAAAUAUAUAUCUGAAUAUUAUUUACUGUUUAAAAACUCUACUCCGUGUGUAAGAUGUUCCUUUUUAUUUGAUCUACUAUUCCUCA